GUGACGCCAUCACCGCGCGCCGGCGCCUCCCACCGCCGCGGCCGCCGCCAUGGAAUCCAACCGGGACGAGGCGGAGCGUUGUAUCGCCAUCGCGGUGGGCGCCAUCAAAGCCAACCAGACGGAAAAGGCGCGGCGUUUCUUGGAGAAGGCGCAGCGCCUCUACCCGUCGCAGCGGGUCCGCGUGCUGCUUGAAUCCCUCACCAAGAGUGAACAGUCGUCAAAUGGCCAUUCCCAGCCCAAGGAACCUACAAACCCAACCCGUAGGAAAAUGAGUGCCGACUUCCCUUCAGCUAAUGGAGAGGCAGGUGGGGACAUCAGUAAAGGUUACAGUCAGGAUCAGGUAGAUGCAGUGAAACGGGUGAAACAGUGUAAAGACUACUAUGAAAUUUUGGGUGUGAGUAGAGAUGCCUCCGACGAGGACCUAAAGAAAGCAUACCGGAAAUUAGCGCUGAAAUUUCACCCUGAUAAAAAUCAUGCACCAGGUGCUACAGAGGCCUUUAAAGCCAUUGGUAAUGCAUAUGCAGUAUUGAGUAACCCAGAGAAGAGGAAGCAGUAUGAUCAGUUUGGAGAUGCCAAAAUCAGUCCUACGCGACACAGCCCUACAGAUUUCAACCGAGGGUUUGAGGCUGACAUCUCUCCAGAGGAUCUCUUCAAUAUGUUUUUCGGUGGAGGCUUUCCUUCUAGUAAUGUCCAUGUAUACAGCAAUGGCCGAAUGCGAUAUACCUACCACCAGAGACAAGAUAGGAGGGAGCACCAAGGCGAUGGUGGCCUUGGGCUGUUCGUCCAACUGAUGCCUAUUCUCAUCCUCAUCAUUGUGUCGGCUCUCAGCCAGAUGAUGGUCUCCAGUCCACCUUACAGUUUGAGUCACAGACCAUCUGUCGGUCAUAUAUACAAGAGAGUGACUGAUCAUUUGAAAGUAGCUUACUAUGUAGCCGACAGCUUUGCAGAAGAAUAUACUGGCACAAAUCUGAAAAACGUGGAAAGGAGCGUGGAAGACGAUUACAUUGCAAACCUCAGAAAUAACUGUUGGAAGGAAAAACAACAAAAGGAAGGGCUACUCUACAGGGCACGUUACUUUGGGGACUCUGAUCUAUAUCAGCGAGCACAAAAGAUGGGCACCCCAAGCUGCAGCAGACUUUCUGAAGUUCAAGCAUCGAUGCAUGGAUAGCUGUCGCCGAAACAGUUCCUAGAGAUUUGAACUCUUCAAAUGCCUGAAGACUUUGGGGAAGUGCACUGAGCCAAGGAGACAGAUUUUCUAUUUAAAGAAUCAGACCUUAAAUUAAAAUGGGAGAAUUAGCAACGCACAACUGCCCUCUCCUCUCUCUCUCUCUGUCCAGCAUUAGACUUGAAUGUCUCUUAGAACAGAAGAAAAAGACCUAUGUCUUUCUUCCCCCUUCCUUCGCUGUCAAAUGUCUCUUUCUUGGGAUGCUGCUAUCCUGAGAGCCAGUGUUGAGUUGUUAUUUUUCUUUUAAGGCCUGCUGAAAAACCUGAGAGCAGAAGAAGAGAGCCUUCUGCGAUUGCACUGGUCACUUCAAUGAGAGAGGGUGAAAUUGGAAGAUCUGUAGGAGUAAAACAAAAUCAAUUUUUAAAAAAAGCAAAAAGAAAUUAUUUAGAAUUAACUUAUUAGCUGUAAAUAUGUUGUACUUCUAAACUAUGCAGGGAUAGAAUUAAAUUAUUUCAAUUUAUGCUGAACUUCUUAACCCAGGAUGUGUGAAUUUAUCUUCUUCUCCCCUCCAUGCCCUGCAAACCAGCCUUGUGAUAUCUUUCCUACAUAAGGCAGCCUUGUCUAAUGACACGAAAACAUUUUUGUAUUUUUAAACGACUUUUCUUUUUCUGGAGAAGAAAAAAAAUGUGUACAAUUUGACCUGCCAUUGUUCCCUUUUUUGUAUCAGAGAAAUCAGUCAAAUCUUGCAAAACGUUUCUACAUACACAUUUGGACCUGAUUUUGGGUCUGGGGUCUAAAUUGAUGGCAUCUCAACAAAGUGUUUAUUCCUUUAGAGAGGAAGAAGGGAAAGUUGUCCCAAAUCUCUUGAAGUUCAUCAGGAUUGCUUGGGUGUUUGUGUGGAGCUUCUUUGUUUUUGUUAAUGUUUUGGUGGCCCCAACGUAUCUGCCUUGCAAUCAGUGUUAGCUCUGGUGCACAGAGCUUUCCACAUGCUGUGUCCUCUUGGUCACUUGUUCCUCCCUGCCCGGAUUUCUUCCAUCUUGUAGCGCUGCAAAGCUGUAGUCAGCAAGGCGGUCUCUGCUUAACAUACUGCUACCGCUGACUUCAUUCCAGAAAUUUGGUGUCUGUUGGCCUAUGAAGGGGUGUUCCAUAUCUUCUUGCAGGAAAGAGCACACAACAACAGUGGUUGUUUACAAGUCCUCUGUCAGCUUUUGCUGCUUCAAAAAAAAAAGCCUUUCUGUCGGAAGAGGAUUUGUUACAGUGACUACAUGGCUUUGGUAAAUCCAAAGCGGGACAAUGCUAACAUACUUGGACUGGGUUGUCCCUCUUCCAUUAGAGAAGUACGAACCCCUUUUCUUAGUAAUGCUCAUCUCAUUUUUGUUUUAUUUUUUAAAAUAAAGCUGAUACAGUGCUAUCAGAACAGCCUUAAGAUAUGUUAUUUCAUGCAACUGAGCCAUAACCCUGAGUGUAGAGAGGUUAAUGCUCCCAGUUAUGAUAAACCCAAUUGUUCUGAGUUAGCCAUAAUCCACAAGGAUUGUUUCUGUCCUUGCAAGGGAUCCUGAAUGAAUCCAUGUCAACAGAGGCAUGCAUGGAUCUUGCCCUACCGUGGAACAAAAUGGGGGUUUUGAAUGGGCAAAUACAUUAAGAAGAGAUUUCCCUUGACCAUACAGACUGAUUUUUUUCAUGUAUUUCUGUAUUAAAUUUCAUUCAGACACAUUUACAAUGAAGAAUUUCAGACUUCCUUCUGUGAGCUUAUAGAAUAAAGAGAGGUACCAAAAUACAGGUCAGGAGCAGUGCUUCAGAAGGUUCCUUUUUUGGAGCUAGAGUUCUAAGAAUCCCCCAAGGUUUCUGCGACUUUAUUCCCAAAAAAAUGAACUUUCCCGAGCAAUUACCAGGUAUUUUAAUCCUGUAUUUCCUUUAGAGUUGACAAACUGUAUGCUAAUUAAAUGCAAGUUACACAAAUGAAUUUAAUCACUACUUGUGAUGUUGCCCACUUUUGAAGGGGAAAUUCAUUCAGUGUAUAGCUUUAAGAAGGUCUACCUGCUUCACAUUGCCCUGUGAUGACAGGUAAUGGACUGUGAUGUUGUCUAAAGCCUCAUCCCCAUCAUCUGACCUGCAGUCAUCCCAGCUCUUGUUUCCAGAGGUCACCCAUUCAACGGUUCAGCAUGAAGUUUCCAACAUCUUGGAAAACGGCAUUGGCAGCUCCAGUGCCUCCCUGUCCAGCUCUUUUGAUUUCUUAAGUAGAGAUAGCCAUGGAUGGAAUGAGCAAUGUGCAAUAAAGAAGCAUAGAUCCUGAACGAUAAUCCGCAAAGGCUGUAUUUUUUAAUUUAGAAUCAAUUAUACAAUUGUACAUCUAUAAAUAAAGGUUUAUAACAUGAAA